UUCAGAGCAAUUGAAAUAUUUGGGUUGCAUUCCGGGGAGGAAGAUGCUAUAUUUCCAGGAUUAGGAUUCUUGACCUCUCUUUCUUUUUUGGCUGCUUUUUCCACCGAAAUACCAAAGGCUCUCGCCGCUUCAACCUCCCAAAUGAAGCCAGUAGUUGGCGAUCUGGUGGGGGGUGAUUGUUGGUAAUAUUUUUUAGUUGUUAGGGCCAUAGGAAUGUUAUACAGUUAUUCUUAUCCAAACAAUAGUUGUAUAAUAAGUAAUGAGCAAAACAAAAUCCUUGAUGACUAAUCUUUUAGUACCGUCUUCUGGUUUGAAUUCUUUAUUUUGCUGGUCGGUUGAGGAAAAGGCAAAUGAUAUUUAAAGGAAUAGACAAAAUAUGAUUUUUGUGUUGAUGAAAUAUACAACAGGAUUGUCCUUACAUUGAGCUAGAAAGACAACCCAAAUCUUGGAAAGAAUUUUGUCAUCUCCAUAUCAUUGUACCUCUAGAGUUAAUUUUAUAGGGACUAAAAAAUUCAAUCACGAUACCUCUAUAGUUGACAAAUCCUUAAAAUUCAAUCACUAUACCUCCUAGAGUUUACAAAUCCAAUCAUUAUACCUCUAGAGUUAACAAAUUCAAUCACUUCCCGCCUCUUUCCCAUAAAUUCAAAUGAAGGUAUCAACCAAAAAGCUCAUAUCUUCAACGCACCCUUCUCUCAAUCUCUGGCAUCCAACUAUCGAUUCUUUCACAUGGAAUACUCUCAUUAGAGCCGCUCAUCUCCAAACUCAUCCACCCACCUCCCCCACCCAUACCCCGCUCUCCCUUUUCCUCCGAAUGCGCUUCCACGGCGUCCAUCUCGAUUACUACACCUUCCCUUUUCUCCUCCAAUCCAUCCAUUCUCCUCCGCACCUCCAAUUAGGUCGAGCACUUCACUCACAAGUUCUUUUCUUUGGUUUCUCAUCGGACCCAUUUGUACAAACUUCGCUGAUCAGUAUGUACGCUGGAUGUGGCGAUUUGGGUUCUGCACGGAAGGUGUUCGAUGAAAUGCCUCAACCAGAUUUGCCUUCGUGGAAUUCGAUUAUUAACGCGAAUGUGAAAGCAGGUUUGCUUAGCGUUGCGCGUCAACUGUUUGUUAAAAUGCCUAGUAGAAAUGUCGUGUCGUGGAGUAGUAUGUUGGAUGGUUAUGUGAGGUGGGGUAAGUGUGAAGGAGCGUUGGAUUUAUUUGGGAAGAUGCAAGAGGAGAAUAAGGUUGUGCCUAAUGAGUAUACCAUGUCGAUUUUGGUUGCGGCGUGUGAGCAGUUGGGUUCACUUGAACAUGGGAAAUGGGCUCAUGCUUGUGUUUAUAAACUCGGGAUGGAAAUUAAUGUUGUACUUGGGACUUCGUUGAUUGAAAUGUACGCUAAAUGUGGGAGUAUAAACCGGGCAAGAUUGGUUUUCGAAAAUUUGGGUCGAAAGAAAGACUUAAUGGCUUGGAGUGCGAUGAUCUCAGGCCUUGCAAUGCAUGGACAUUGGGAAGAUUGUCUUCGUUUGUUCUCAAAUAUGGUUGAGAGCGGAGUAAGGCCUGAUGGCAUCGCGUUUUUAGGUGUGCUUUCUGCUUGUGUUCAUGGAGGAUUGGUGAGCCAAGGGAAGGCGAUGUUUGAGAGGAUGAGUAAAGAGUUUGAUAUUUCUCCAUCAGUUCAGCAUUAUGGUUGUAUGAUUGACCUUUACGGAAGAGCUGGUUUAAUUGAUGAAGCGUUAAAUCUUUUGAAUACAAUGCCUAUGGAGCCAGAUGUGCUUAUCUGGGGAGCUCUUCUCAGUGGUGCUAGGGUAUGUGGAGAUGUUGAAACAUGUGAGAUUGCACUCAAUAAAAUAAUCGAGCAAGAUCCUACAAAUAGUGCAGCUUACGUUCUCCUCUCCAGUGUCUACGCUAAGAUGGGUCGGUGGAAAGAUGCUAGGCACAUAAGAAACCUAAUGGAGACGAAGAGUGUAAAGAAAGUUCCUGGACGUAGUUCCAUAGAGGUCAACGUUAAUAUCCAGUAGAACUAGUUUACAUUGAAAAAUUAUGCAACAACAACAUACCAGUGAAAUCCCACUAGUGAGGUUUGGGGAGGAUAGAGUAUUCGCAGGCCUUACCACUACCUAGUGGAGGUAGAGAAUCUGUUUAGAAAGACCCUCAGCUCAAGUGCAGCAAAUACAAGUACAGAAACAGAAAACAAAGAGGGGCAUUCUGAGAAUUGAACUCGGGACCUCUCGCACCCUAAGCGAGAUUCAUACCACUUGACCAAAUGCCCUUCGUUCAUUGAGAUAUCACACAGACACUAGUAGAUCACGUGAUGCUCAAGGGUGAAUCAUGUUAUGCAGACAAUGGUAACUGCAGAAUUUGAAUGAGUAAUGAAAGAAUUUAGCAGUUUUCACUUCAUUCCGAGGAUAUGGCAACUGAAUUCUCCGUGCUGACCCUAUAACAUGGUACUGAUAUGCAGAGUCAAAAUGUCAGGCAUGCACCUUGCAGGUGGUGGUAAUGUUGCAGUAUAAAUUGCCUCAAGGACUACUUGUGGAGUUGUGGUUGACAUUGUUGGUUUCAGUACUUUGAUAUAUAUAUAUGUAUAUAUAUUUAUUUUUUUUAAUUUUUUUUUUCUACUAUAUAGAAGAGGGAGAGUGGGACGAUCAAGGGUAUAUUUGUAAUUUCAAAAAAAAGUUUCACCUUGCUUACUUGAGUUGUGGUCGAGAUUGUUGGUUUCGGUACUUUGAUAUAAGUAUAUAUAUAUAUAUAUAUAUAUAUAUAUUAUACUUAUAUUAUAUGUAAGGGAGAAUCAUAAUUCAUCAGAACUUUUCAGGCAUUUCAUUUUUUUUAAAGCAAAGUUGUUACACAUGUCAAA